CAGGUUUGGGUGGCCCUGGGCUGGUCCGUCAGGGAGGCGGGUACGGGAAGGGCCUUCCUUUUCCCCGGCGGUGGUUCAGCGGUCUGGCCCGGGUUGCCCUGCACCGGAAGCUUAGAGCGGAGCUGACUAGGAAGGUUCCUGGGUCUACCCCUGGCCAGGGGAUUUCGCACAGCCUCCGGCCAUGCGUCUCUCUGCCCUGCUGGCUUUGGCGUCCAAGGUCACGCUGCCCCCCCACUACCGCUACGGGAUGAGCCGCCCGGGCAGCCUGGCAGACAAGAGGAAGAACCCUCCGGGAACCAGGCGGCGCCCGGUGGCUGUGGAGCCCAUCUCUGAUGAAGACUGGCAUCUGUUCUGUGGGGACAGGGUGGAAAUCCUGGAAGGGAAGGAUGCCGGCAAGCAAGGCAAAGUCGUUCAAAUUAUCCGGCAGCGAAACUGGGUGGUCGUGGAGGGACUGAACACCCAUUUCCGCUACAUUCGCCAGACUAAGGAUGACCGGGGAACCAUGGUCCCUAGCGAAGCACCCCUGCUCCACAACCAGGUCAAACUUGUGGAUCCUGUGGACAGGAAAUCCACUGAGGUGGAGUGGAGAUUCAAUGAGGCAGGAGAGCGGGUCCGAGUCUCCACGAGAUCAGGAAGAAUUAUCCCCAAACCUGAAUUUCCCAGAGCUGACGGCAUCAUCCCUGAAACAUGGAUUGAUGGCCCCAAAGACACGUCAGUGGAAGAUGCUCUAGAAAGAACCUAUGUACCCCGUCUGAAGACGCUGGAGGAGGAGGUGAUGGAGGCGAUGGGGAUCCAGGAGACUCGGAGACACAGGAAAGUCUACUGGUACUGAACCCGGGGGAGCAGCCCCUCCCCACGCCGUAGUCUUGAAGGCUGGGCACCUCUUCUUCAGACAUCAAUAAAGAGCCCUGAGUCCUGCCAUGUGAGCAGCUGUCUACUGGUGGCCUGGUGCUUGUUUCAAGGACCGAAGGAGGGGGGCAUUGUGACCUGAUGUUAUGACAGAACGUGGAUGGAAGUUAGCGAGCCUUAGGGGAGACCGCCCCAGGGCAGGGCCUGCAGUUCCCAGGGUGGAAACCGAGUGGGAGAGGUUCCCUCCAGUGGGGACCUCUGAGUAACAAAACACUGUCUGUCUUGGAGGGCAUGGGAUGGGGACGUGAGCCCUAAUUGUCACACCUCGGCAGGGUCUCAGUAGGGGAGGGGGAUGCACGUCUGCAGACGCUUCUCUGUGCCUAAUAAAAACGGAAGGAAAGAUU